AUGCAGUUCGUGGUUGCCACGAACGUGUUCGUCCUCGUGGCGAUAGCCCAUGCCACCACACUGAAUAUCUACAAUCAAUGCGAUGAGUGCAUCCAGUUCUACGAUAACUCGGCAAUAGAGACCAUUACAAUAGGCGGUAGUACAACACGCACGCUCGUCUCGGGUUUCAACGGCAUGUUUCGCAACGGCGUCGGGCCGCAAGCUACACUGGCCGAGUUCUCCAUCACGGGUGGUUACAUCUGGUACGACAUCAGUAUCAUCCCGACAGGAUCAAUUGGGCCUGGCCACUGCGAGUCAUUGGAGGCUUGCAAGGCCGUCACAGGAGGCACCGGUUUCAACACCGCUAUGCAGAUCUCACCUUCGGGGUGCACCACCGUCACCUGCAUGGCCGAUGGUUGUGCCGAUGCGUACCAGUAUCCGAGUGACGGUACCAAGACGCAUGCGUGCCCUGACACAGCUAAUAUCAACCUGAUCUUCUGCCCCGGAGGACCUACUUCUGCUACCACGCCUUCAGCUCCAAUAAUUCAUCCUCUGACUACCGCAACUAGUACGACACCGUCGGCUCCGAUGACGGCGGCUCUGACCACGACAGCGCAGCCCCACCUUCGGUCCCCAUUAGGUCAACACCAUAGCUAACGACUGCUGCCACAGCGAAUGAACUAAAGUCAAAC